GGCGUAUGAACACUGCUGAGCUGUUGCACUGCUUUCCAAGGCGGUGGAAAAAAGUGUGUAAUUGUAAAUGUCAUCUGUCUAUAUCUCCCGUGUAGGGUCGCACUCCCUCAGAAGACCUUAGGUUGGAGGGUACAGACUGCUCAAAAGUUGAGAGACACAUUUUAAUGUUGGCUGAAAUGACACCAGGUUCAAAGCACACACUCUCAAAGAAAGGGAUUGAAAAAAAUUGCUGCGUUUUGUACAGACAACAAAAACCCAGAACUGAGAAGAUUCACCACUUUUCAGGGUCAAGGACUAAAGACCAGAGACACACCAAGUCCCCCUGCCUGAGGAGCUGUCUGACUUUUUGCUUCAAGGACCGGGCGAGGAUGGAGCACAGGGAGCCUCCGCUUGAUUCUCAUGUUGAAGGGACUGAAGGAAGACUCCGGGAACUGGCUGCAAAGUGGUUCAUAGAGACUCAAGUGCCGCUCAUAGUCCACAACGGCCUCUUCCCCACCUGGUUCCUGGGCUUCGUCACAAGAAAGGAUGCUGAAGAAAUAUUUAGAGAAAAGGAGCUGGGCUGUUUUCUGAUCCGUCUCAGCGAUAAGGCCAUUGGAUACAUACUGUCUUAUAAAGGCAGAGAUCGGUGUCGACAUUUCAUGAUAAGCCAAAGCGAAUCAGGACAGUUUGUAGUCUGCGGAGACAUUGAAGGGCACAACUCGCUGGCUGAUCUCAUAGAACACUACAAGACAAACCCCAUCCAGCCGUUUGGAGAGUACCUGACAUCUUCCUGUUUUGAGGUGCCAAAUAGAGAGCUGUAUGACACCAUCCAGGUGAGCCCCAAAGAAAAGCCUUGGGCCACUGUUGGUGUCAUGAAGAACACUCGAAAACCACAGACCUCAGAGCAGCCACCUGCACGGCCACCAAAAAGCAACAGGACAACAGAGGAAGUACCACCUUUGCCCCGGAGGAUCAGAAACCUUGAUAGUGGCCCCCUGAAUGACCCGGACAGGGUUUUGUACGCUCAGCUCAGGAAGCAAUCACCAAGGGAGAUACCCAGAUUUCAACACAGCUGUCAGGACGGUUUCCCUGGAGAAGGCAGAGCUGUGAGAUCCACAGGCCAGGAUCAGAACAGCAGGUGUAGUCCUCCGUCUGGACCAGAGUCUGUCUACUCUGAGCUCAGCCUGCUGGACACCAAGAGCAGGUCUUUACCACGUCUGGACAACAGCUCGGAUGCAGAGCAGUCUUAUAGGCUGAGCGCACCCCCACACACGCCACCCAGACUUUCCCCCAAACCCGUCAGAGAGACCACUUACUUUGGCCAACAGCUGGAGAAGACAGACUCGAGCAGCAGAGCGAGCAGCAGCCACAGCAUGGAACACAUGAGUGACGGUGCUGUCUAUCACCUGGCUGGCAAGCCCGGCAGCCCACACACUACAUCCUCUCACACCAGAUCAUCUGCGCCAGAGCAGCACAGUGAUUCGGUGUAUGCUGAGGUCCCAGAUGAAGCCGUCAUCAGCCGCUUCCCUCAUGACAACACUUACGAGCUGAUUCCCUGCCACGAGGACGCAGCCAACACUUAUGAGCCUCUGGAGGACAUCAGACCCAAACAUCACCACUCAUCCUGGGGGUUAAAGCAGAAUGAUAAACCGAAAUGGCUGUUCCCUGAGGUCAAGAGGAAAUGGUGACCUUGCCAGCUUCUGAAGAAGAUGUUCACUAAUUUUACUCUGACACUACUGUCUAAUAAACACUGUGUAGAAGCCUCUUUUAUAUAUUUAAUAUGGACUUUCAUUGCUAUUCAAACAUUUUCUGUAUUUUGUUGUUUCUUGUAUUUAUU